AUGGACUUCGCUGCUAUCAACCACGAUCGCUCGCUCUCACUGCUUUUGCGACAAAGUUUGCAGGAUGUCUUGAGUGAGGUAUCCAAUGAACCCGGACCUAACUGUAUCAACCUUCAGCCUGUGCAUCCUCCCUCGCAUUUAUCUCGUCGACUGGCUGUGGACCAGAACCACCACGGUUUUGGAGGUGGGAUGGCCGCAAUGGCGUUUCCCUCUGCACCUGCUCUCCAGCGUGGAUCGUCGAUUUCGUCGGCCAUACCACCGACGCUUCAGCACAACUCUUCUCUUUCCUCCGUUGUACCUCCUUCCCUUCAGCACAGCUCCUCGCUUUCCUCGGUUGGUGUUAAUCCAGUAUCCAUGAGGUCAAGCACAAUGAUGCGUCCCAGUGCUGCCUUGGGGAUCAGUUCCCAGAACCUUUUCUUGGCUGCGGCGGCUGAGAAGCGAAUGAUGGUCGAACAUGAGAAAGCGGCAGCUGCAGCCGCUAUUCGCCAGCGUUCUCUUGAACACUCCUUUCAAAGGAACCACCAAAACGGCUCCCUUUUGGGUUUCUUUCAACGAAGUUUUGUUCCCCAAGUGGCUCCAGGACCUCAGGACGCUUUGAAGGAGCUUGGUUCUUCCUUGCGCCAGAAGUCCGCUCCUUACAUUGAUGUGGCUGAUGCAGCCGAUCCUGAUCCGACUGAUACUCGAGUCAAGAAGACCCGUGGAGGAGUCACUGAGCCCUUCCCCGAACGACUCCACCGUCUCCUCAAGGAGAUUGCGGAUGAUGGAAAUGGUGAUGUGAUUUCCUUUCUACCUCAUGGAAGAGCCAUCGCCAUCCACAAGCCCGACCGUUUUGUGGAAGAUAUCAUGCCACAGUACUUCAAGAUGAGCCAACUGAGCAGCUUCCAGAGGCAGCUUAACUUGUAUGGAUUCAAGAAGGUUGGCAGUGGCAACAGAGAUGCUGGUGCCUACUACCAUGAGCUCUUCCUUCAUGGUAGGCCCAACAUGUGCAUGUUGAUGCGCCGUGUGGGUCUCCCCAAGGGCACCGACAGGCGCAAGACCAGGUCCAAGAAUGUACAGAUUGAUCCUGACUUUUACUCCAUGAAGCCGGUGGUUCCAAAAGCUUGA